AGAGAGAGAGGUUUCAAUUUAAGACUUUUAGGUAGCUAUGCCAAAUUCCAAAUAUUAAAAAAAAGUAAAAAAUAAAAUUGCACCACACAUUGCAGCAACAUAAAGUGGUUUGCUCACCAUUAUUGACCCUUGAUGUUGAUUUUAUCCAUUCCAUUUUUUUUCCCCUAUUGAUGGCAACAAUUAAUUUUUUGAUUUAUUCAGUUCUUGGUUUAAUUAGUCAAAUCAAUAGAGGCUAAAAGAGGUUGUUGAUUGAUGAUCUUAAGGUAAAAGGGUAGUAGAAGUAGCGGAGGGAAGUGUUUGGAGGAAAGAAAAUUUGGCUAUGGAAGAAGAAAAUAUUCAUCAUGCAAAUCAUGGUUAUCUGUUGCAUGGAGCAAGGAUAUGCAGUGUGUUUCUAUCAAAGAUGGUUGAGCUGCCGAUGAAGACCGGAGCUCCAGUGAGAGCUUCCAUCAUCUUCUUCCUCAUCCUCUUGAUUGGUGCCUUUAUAUCUCUCCAUUGGUUUGAUGUUGUCCCUCCUGCUAUUUCAGAUAUUUCACUUCAAAAGACAAUUCUACCCUCUAAUAGUUCCGACACAUAUCUGGUUAGAAUCAACUGCUCAAUCACAUGCCCGACUCAUUCUUUGGCAACAAUCAAAUCGGACGAAUCCUCAUCAUCGGGGACGUGCCCGGAGUACUUUCGAUGGAUCCACCAAGACCUAAAUCCAUGGAAGGAAAAAGGAAUCACUAAAGAAAUGGUGGAAAGUGCUAGGAGCAAAGCACACAUGAGAAUAGUGGUAGUGAAUGGAAGAGUAUAUUGGAAGAAGUUGAGGUGGGUGUAUCAAACAAGAGAUGUGUUCAAUAUUUGGGGCAUAUUGCAACUGUUGAGAUUGUACCCUAGAAAGUUACCAGAUUUAGAUAUUAUGUUUGAGUGCGGAGACAAACCAGUGAUUCAAAAGAGUGACUAUAGCGGAUCAAACGCCAACAACGUGACUCCAAUAUUUCACUAUUGUGGGAGUGAUUCAAGCUUGGAUAUAGUUUUUCCUGAUUGGUCCUUUUGGGGUUGGCCGGAGCUCCAAAUAAAGCCAUGGGAAGCCCUUAGGAAGGAUCUAGAAGCAGGCAACAAGAGAGUGAAAUGGAUUGAUAGGAUACCCUAUGCUUAUUGGAAAGGGAACCCAAGAGUUGGUUUAGUCAGGAAUGAGCUUCUCAAAUGCAAUCUCACUGACAGACAUGAUUGGGGUGCCCUCAUUUACGAUUUGAAUUGGGGACUUGCACGUCAAGGGAGGUAUAAAAGUACGGAUUUAGCAAAACAAUGCACUCAUAGAUACAAGAUCUAUAUUGAAGGAUUUGCGUGGUCUGUGAGUGAAAAAUAUAUUCUAGCAUGUGAUUCUAUGAGUCUGCUGGUUACACCGCAUUACUACGAUUUCUUCACAAGAAGCUUAUUGCCCUCAAUUCACUACUGGCCAAUCAACGAGAAUAAUAUGUGCAAAUCUAUCAAGUCUGCAGUUAAUUGGGGAAAUAAACACCCACAACAGGUUCAGGAGAUUGGAAAGGCUGGGAGCAAGUUCAUUCAAGAGGAGUUAAAAAUGAAGAAUGUAUAUGACUACAUGUUUCAUUUGCUAUAUGGAUAUGGAAAACUUUUGAAAUACAAACCAACUGUACCAGAAGGAUCAGUUGAAGUGUGCUUAGAGACAAUGGCAUGUUCUGGCCCAGAGUUGGAGAAGACAUUUAAGAUGAGUUCCAGGGUGAGCGGCCCAGCGGAUACGAGCCCAUGUACCAUGCCUCCACCUUAUGAUCCUACAACUCUUCAAUCUUUUCUUGAGAGGAAAUCAAAUCUAGCAAAGCAAGUGGAGAGAUGGGAGGCCAGUGAAAAUAGAUAAUUGGAAGAGACAAAUUUAGAAAACUUGAAGACCAUUUUCUUCUGCCAUCAUUUUCUAAGUGGUUAAUACGGCGAAACUAAAUGGUUUGAAUGAAGAGAAAAUAAAUAAAUAAGAAUGAUAAAAAAAAUUUAUUCAUUAAUUCUAGAAGUUUUUUUGUGAAUCAAUUAAUUAUUUUUAUUUUGGAAAGUUAUAUUAAUUUAAUUCGGUGUCAUUUGAGUUUAAAAGUGAAUACAUUUUUAUGAUUCAUUUUUCUAAUUUCUAAUUCAUUUUUGAGCGGAAAUAGAAGGUGAGGUGUGAAAGAUUCUUUUUGGAAAAUUGGUAGCUGAAGUGUUGAUAGUCGAGCGUGUAAAUCUACAUUUCUGUUAAUAUAGUUUUCUGGUGUUAUAUUGAAGUGUUACAUUAAAGUGUUAUGUUUAGAGAAAAA